AUUACUAUAAAUAGAAACUGAUAUUACACACCAUAGCGAAAAAGGAAGUGUAAAAUAUUUGAAAAAAAAAUAUCGUCAAACAGAAAGAGGAAAUGUUAGAAAAUGGAAAAAGAUUCAGAUUUCAGAAUUUUGCUUGUUGGACGUACGGGGCAUGGUAAAAGUUCAACUGGUAAUUCGAUAGUUGGGAAAGAUGUAUUUGAAGUAUCUGCAUCUUCGAGAUCAAAGACAAAGACUUGUCAGUGGUCAAAUAAAUUUCAAAGGUUUGGAAAAGUUGUUGAGGUUGUUGAUACACCCGGGUUGUUCGAUACAGAUCUUGACCAGUUAGCAGUGCACAAGGAACUGCUAAAGGCUUUAGUAUUGACAACCCCAGGUUUCCAUGUAAUUGCUUUUGUUUUGAUGAAAGGAAAAUUUACAGAGGAAAUACAAAAGACACAAGAUCUGUUCUUCCAGUGGUUUGGCAAAGAUGUAGAAAAAUUUGCAUGCAUUAUUCUCACCGACACGGACAGUGACGAAGAUAAAGAAAGUUAUAUCAAAGAUGACCCGCAUCCGAAAUUAGCAGAAUUGGUGCAAACAUGUAAUGACAAUGUUGUAGCAUUGAAUAACAAAAACAGUGAAACGAAAAAACAAGAUCAGAUAAACAAACUUUUUGAAGUAGUUGAAAAGAUCAAACGUGAUAAUUCUGAUACGCAUUUUUCUAAUGUCAUUUUUCAAUUUGCUGAGUCAUAUAUGAAGAGCAAAUAUCCAAACAAGCUCACAAAAGAUUCAAUACGAAUAAUUGAACGCUUUGAUUUGGAGCAAUUAUCCCAAUGUCAGAGACAUCGGCUUCAGCAAUUGAUGGAUAUGCUCACUGAAUAUGACGAUAGCGAGGAUUUGGUUGUGGAAACGGACGUAGACUCAACUGAUAAUGACCAAUUAUUUUUAAGAAAAGCUGAUGAAGAGACUGACUUUGUCAGCAGCGGAAGCAAGGGAAAUCUCCAAAUAUUUGAUAGUAAGUCAAAUGAAAGGAUAUUAAACAUACAGGACCCCGAUCAAGUUUUAAGACAUAAAAAGAUGGUAACAGGUUCAGAUGAAGUUGCCUCAUCGAAUGAAUUUGGAUAUAGUUUUAACACAGCAAAUACAGACGAGGUUCCCGGAAAAAGUUCUGAAUAUGUUGCAAGCAAUGUCGUGCGUGAUCAAAUAGAUGCGAAACAACAUUCAACAUACCAAAUUGAAAGUGAUGAACAUUCUGCCUUAAUGCAAGGAUCUUCACAAUCCAAAACGGACAACAAUAAAUAUCGUGAGAAAAAGGGCAGGUCCAGAGGAGACCGAGUAAUUGAUAUCGAAAGUGUCAGCUACGAUGUUCCACCGUGUUCACCUUUAGAUGACUAUAAAGAUAGAGUCAACAAUGGAGAGCAUGUAGAAGAAGAAUUGAAAGGAUUGUUGGGAUAUUUUAAGAAAGUUUGGAGAUACUGUAAACGAAAAAGAUGCAUUAUUUUAUGAUGAUAUUGUACGGACAAAUUAACUGUUUACUUACCUAAACUCCAAAUGGUUAUUAUCGGGGGAAUGUAGCCUGCUCGAUUUUGAAACUGAAAUUGUACAUGAACAUAUAGUUGUAACAAAUGUUGAAGACAGCUUAUCAAGUAAAUAGGGAAAAUAAGCAGCUUAGCAAAUGUAUAAGACAUACUGUGAACAAUUAGAUAUAAUUCUAAAUCACUAUUAUUUGGUAUAAACCUAGUAUUUAUUUUACUGAUUUAUUUGCAUGCAGUAGUUGCUUCUAAUCACCUAAAUUCAUAUUCUUGAAAUUCUGCCAAGUAGAUAUCUUAUUUUUAACAUGACAUUUUAGCUUUAUAUACAAGCAAUUAUUAAUGCAAUUUAAUAACAUGAGAUUUGCUUUGUAAAUACUGACAAAAACUAUGCAUGUGUU